CGCGUUCUCCGCAAAGACCAUCAUCGACACCCUCACGCCGUCAUCUUGCUACGACUGGCAAGCUUCUCAAGGCAGUCGUCGUGGUGGGAGUCAUGCAUAUGCGUCGACGAACUCGAGGAACCGAGCGCAUCUUUCCCUUAUAGUGUCGUCUCCUCUUGCACGCCGUCGCACUAUGGGCUUAUCCAACGGGGCGAUUUUCAAACGGGCACCACAUCCAAGGUGGUACUCAAAAACACUUGUACGACAUCUUCCGCACAUCCGACUUCGUAUGCGCUUACCCUAGAACUGCAUAGCUAGUCAGUACUAGUCAGUUAUGUAGAAUUUGUAUCGACAGGAUCACUCUGAAGCGUUCGCUCGAGGCUUGCAUGCAUCUUCGGUCAACGCUGUGGACUUGCGGGAAUUGUAGGGCGACGUGAGUGGACGCCUGCAGGAAGAGGGGAUGCAUUAGUACUUUGAGGCGGAGAGUAACGAGGUGCUCAUACUCUGUGGCCCUCCUCGCUCCAUCUCCGCUGCAUAUUAGUGGCCUCCAUCGUGGUAUCAUCCUUUUCGCAACGUUCGCCGUCAUGUCAAACUAUACACUCGCCCUUGAGCUUUCCAGCGUCGCGGCUAUCGUCUACGGCGGCCCCAGACAAAGGGUUGCCGCCACAUAUGUAUUCCGAGACCCCAGACUGCCUUUCGCAAGAGCUCAGCUCCACCCCGAUCCCAAUGGUGUACUCGACUACUUUUUCCUGAGCCGACAUUUCCCACACAUCGUUUGACGCGAGCUUGUAUACCAUCGCUCAGAUAGGGGCUCCUAGAGCGUGUGUCUGUUCUUCAUGGGGCGCAGAGGGCUCCUGUGGACAUCGAUUCAUUUGGUCACUCACCUCAGCGCUGACUCUUGUGUCGUGGUGUCUGUCGAUUUAGUAGAUUGUAUUUCUUCGCUUUCGUGCGCUCCCGCUGAAAUUAUGCUAUCCGCAUGUCCCGC